AUAUCUUUGUUUAAUAAGUAAUUUUUUGAAGCCAACAGAGGCAAGGGAAAUGAAGGAGCUGAACAAACAAAUAAAAGACCCUCAGAUCCAGUAAAAACUGCUCAUGGAGUAUACCAGGCAGCUGCAUCAUUGAAGUUACUUGUCCAGGCUGAAAAAUAAAUUCUUCCUGGAACAUCUGACCAACAAAACUGAGGUGUAUAGAAGGCAACUGGAGAAGCUUGAGAUGACUCUUUACAAAAAUAGUGGAAAAAUUGAAUGAAGGAGACAAGAACUAGCCUCCAAAUAUGGGAAACAAACUUCAGAGCUUAAAAGAGUCUUGCAGAAAGCAAAUAUCUAAUCCCUUUUGAAGCAGCGGUUGCAGGCAAUGAGGGACCUUAAACUAUUCGAGGAACAGGAGAGAGAAAUGCAGACAUUACAGGGGAAGCUCAACAAAUCCCAAACUGAGACAGCUGCAAAGUCACAGGCAAUCAAGGCCCAGUUGCUCCAGGAAAAUGCAUUACUGAGGAAAUAACUGAGUGAGUCUGACAUGAGGCUGUUGGGAGAGAAAGGAGCUUAAAAGGCCCAGGCUUUGGAGAUUGCUGUGGGGAAGCAUACUUCUAAGUUCUACUGUGGCUUCUGCAGCAAGAACCUGUCGUUACAGAAGGAAUAACUGCAGCAGUCUCAGCAAUGCCAGGAGUUGCAGGCUACCUAAAGCCUGUUAAAAAAUCAGAAGCAGCAGCUGCAGCAAGAACAGUGGUGUAUAGAGCGCUUAAUCCAACGGGGGCAACGACUACAACAGGGUGCUUCAAAGGCCACCAGCACCCCUUCCCUAGGCACCAAAUCAAGGAUUAAUCCACAGUUAUACCUAAGAUAUCACUGA